AUGUUCAGUGGCGAUAGGCUCAAGUCGCCAAGCUAUCCAAGCAACUUUCUUGAUUUUCUCAAAUCUACGGAUCGGUCGGCACCAGAACCGAGUUCAGAGCCUGCAGAUCAGGGCAAUACGGUAGUUCUGGAUGCUAUCAUAGUUGGUGCCGGGUUUGCUGGGCUUGAUGCGGCUAUCGCACUGGCAAAAAACAAUCACAAGGAACAGGCACAACAUCUCGCUGAGGUUGGAGCGGGUAUUCAGAUUCCCCCAAAUUCUACGCGGCUUCUCCUGAAACUGGGGCUCGGUCCUUAUUUGGAGAAACAUGUCACGGAACCUGAUAGCGUAUUGAUGCGACGAUGGGAAGAUGGCAAUAUUAUUGGUCGUACACGAUUGUUCCCCGAAUUUCGAGAACAAUUUGAUGCUCCAUACUGGGUGGUCCACAGAGCACACCUUCAUGAAGUCAUGCAUGAAUUAGCAGUAGAUAUAGGGGUUUCCAUCCAACUCGCAUCGAGGGUGACCUCUUACGAUGUCCACAGCCCAAGUAUCACCCUCCCAAAUGGCCUGAUUAUUCCGGCUGACAUAGUCAUCGCUGCCGAUGUGAGUUGCCCGGGGGAUCUCCUUUUUGCUUUACUUAAUGUGGUUUAUGCAGGCGUAAAUUCAGCUACUCGAAGUAUUGUCCUUUGGGGCAAUGGAUCUCCUCCAUAA